AUGACGAUGGACCAGCAGACAGGCCUCAUGUCUCUAAACAUGUCCCCAUUCGAUCUCAGUCCCGGCCCGGAAGGGUCAGGAUCGGGCAGUGGACCCUCAGGGGCCUCUCAACAAUACGUGCCCCAGGGCGCAGCUUAUCAAUGCACAUCAGAUCAACAGCCUUUUGGCUAUGCGAAUCUGGACGCUUCAUAUUUAUUUCCGACAGGUGCAGGCAGCGAACCUGGAGCAUACUUGCCUGCCGCUGGCACAGUUUGUGACCAAACCGAUACGAAGGAUGUUAUUGAAGAACUUUGUCCCGUCUGCGGAGACAAAGUCAGUGGCUACCACUACGGACUGCUCACUUGCGAAUCUUGCAAAGGCUUUUUCAAAAGAACCGUUCAGAACAAGAAAGUGUACACCUGCGUUGCAGAAAGAGCCUGCCAUAUUGAUAAAACACAGAGGAAGCGAUGUCCCUUUUGUCGCUUCCAAAAGUGUCUUGAUGUCGGCAUGAAACUUGAGGCUGUACGAGCAGAUCGCAUGCGAGGUGGUCGGAAUAAGUUCGGCCCUAUGUACAAGCGCGACCGCGCUCGUAAAUUACAAAUGAUGAGGCAAAGACAGAUUGCCGUGCAAACGUUGCGUGGCUCGCUGGGCGACGGCGGACUAGUGCUCGGGUUCAGCUCACCGUACGCGUCAGUGCCUGUGAAGCAGGAGAUUCAAAUUCCACAAGUGUCGUCGCUGACGUCGUCACCGGAGUCGUCGCCGGGUCCCGCGCUACUGGCGGCCCAGCCGCAGGCGCCGCAGCCGCCACCGCCCGCGACGCACGACAAAUGGGACACGCACUCGCCGCACUCGGCCUCCCCGGACGCGUUCACCUUCGAAGCGCCCGCCACCACUGCCGCCACGCCCUCCAGUACAGCAGAACCUACCAGUACGGAAACUCUACGGGUCUCUCCUAUGAUUCGUGAAUUCGUUCAAACUAUCGAUGAUCGAGAGUGGCAAAAUUCACUAUUUGGACUCUUGCAGAGCCAAACUUACAACCAGUGUGAAGUGGAUCUCUUCGAAUUAAUGUGCAAAGUGCUGGACCAAAACUUAUUCUCUCAAGUGGACUGGGCGAGAAACACCGUGUUCUUUAAGUAUCUAAAGGUUGAUGACCAGAUGAAACUGUUGCAACACUCGUGGUCGGACAUGCUUGUGCUGGACCACCUGCAUCAGAGGAUGCAUAACGGCCUACCAGACGAAACUACUCUCCACAACGGGCAAAAGUUCGACUUGCUCUGUCUGGGCCUCCUCGGAGUACCCUCUCUCGCUGAGCACUUCAACGAGCUACAGAACAAACUUGCGGAACUCAAGUUCGACGUUCCGGACUACAUCUGCGUCAAAUUUUUGCUUUUACUUAACCCUGAGGUAAGAGGCAUCGUUAACGUAAAGUGCGUCCGAGAUGGUUACCAGACUGUGCAAGCUGCUCUGCUCGACUACACGCUUACCUGCUAUCCAAAUAUACAGGAUAAGUUCGGCAAAUUGGUGAUGGUGGUGCCAGAGAUUCAUACCCUGGCGGCGCGCGGCGAGGAGCACUUGUACCAGCGCCACUGCGCGGGCCAAGCACCGACGCAAACACUUCUCAUGGAAAUGCUACACGCUAAACGCAAGCCCAAUGGCGCCGAAAUGGUUAACCGGAGUGUGGAGCACACCUCGACUCUAGACAGAUUGUGCGGUUUCCUGCCGAACGACACGAUUGAGCCGCAUUCGCCCAUA